AUGACGCAAGGUGCAAUCCAAGUUCUUUCCUCUGGAUGGGAGUUCAGGUGCGAAACAGAUGAAAGAUGGCUCCCCGUCUCGCAGGUCCCCAGCAACGUCCACACCGAGCUUCUGAACCACGGUUUGAUUCCAGAUCCCUUUAAAGAUGUGAACGGGCUGGAAGUUUCAUGGGUUGCCGAACGGACAUGGUCCUACCGAACCCGCUUCGUGACGCCGAGCAAUGGGCGAGUGCAGGGCUCCAAGACCGACCUGGUGUUUGAAGGGCUCGACACUUUUGCGACGGCGAGGCUGAAUGGCAAGGUUAUCCUGCAGGCGGACAACAUGUUUGUUGAGCAUCGAGUCGAUAUCAGCAACCUUCUCGCGGAUGUCACCGAGAACACUCUAGAGAUCACGUUUGAGCCUGCACGGGAUCGCGGGCUGGAACUCGUCAAAGCUCACCCUGAACACGAUUUCAUUGUGCACCAGACCGAGGUCAGCCGGGGGCCAGUCCGGAAGGCCCAGUAUCAUUGGGGUUGGGAUUGGGGUCCGAUCUUGUUGACAUGUGGACCCUGGAAGCCCGUGAGGCUCGAGUGCUACGUCAGCAGGAUAGAAGAGAUCAAAGUGGAUUAUGAGAUUCACAAGAACCGGGGGGUACCUCCAGUUCUGGAAGCCACCAUCCACGCCCAUGUCUUGGGUCCUGUGGCAGAGCUCAAGGCGGAUCUGCAAUUCCCUGGAGGACGCGUCGUUACUCUCAGGGACCGCAAUGCCACCCCCGCGGCACCGUCGUGGAGGUACUCAUCCACCAAGUUCAGCAUCGAGGACCCAGAUCUGUGGUGGCCGCGAGGCUAUGGCCCGCAGAACUUAUGCGAUGUGCGAGUCCGGGCAAUUGCCAGCGAUGGGUCAACAGUCCUAGCCGAGGAGCACCAGAAGAUUGGCUUCCGCAAGGCCCAGUUGGUCCAGGAGAAAGACCAGUUUGGACAGUCGUUCUACUUCCGCGUCAACGGCGUGGACAUCUUCUCGGGCGGCUCGUGCUGGAUUCCCGCCGACAGCUUCCUCCCCCAAAUACCCCCUAAACGCUACCAAGACUGGAUACAACUCCUCGCCGACGGCAACCAAAACAUGAUCAGGGUCUGGGGCGGCGGCAUCUACGAGCCCGAAGUCUUCUACGCCGCCUGUGACGAACUGGGAAUCCUCGUCUGGCAAGACUUCAUGUUCGCCUGCGCAUCGUACCCAACCUACCCGGACUACCUCACCUCCAUCACCACCGAAGCGCGCCAAAACAUCCGCCGCCUCCGCCACCACCCCUCCAUCAUCCUCUGGUGCGGCAACAACGAAGACUACCAGCUCGUCGAGCGCUACCACCUCGAAUACAACUUCACCACGGACAAAGACCCCCAAUCCUGGCUCAAAUCCACCUUCCCCGCCCGCUACAUCUACGAGCACCUCCUCCCCAACCUCAUCCACGCCGAAACCCCCUCCACCCCCUACCACCCCAGCAGCCCCUGGGGCAACGGCACGAGCACCACGCUCAAAGUCGACCCCACCGUCGGCGACAUCCACCAAUGGGACCUCUGGAACGGCGAGGCCCGCCCCUGGCAGGCGCUGCCACAGAUGGGCGGGCGCUUUGUCAGCGAGUUCGGCAUGAUGGGGUACCCGGCCGAGGAGACGCUCCACGGCUUCGUCACCGACCCGGCCGAGCGCCACGUCGGCAGCCGCACGAUGGACUUCCACAACAAGGCGGUGGUGCACGAGCGGCGCAUGCUGGGGUACGUGGGGGAGAAUUUCCGGCUGCAGGCGUGGGGCCGGGAUCUGGGGGCGUUUGCGCACCUGACGCAGGUCAUGCAGGCGGAUGCGGUCGGCUUGGGGUAUAAGGCCUGGCGGAGGGGGUGGGGUGGGCAGGGGCAACGGAGGUGUGGGGGGGUGUUGGUCUGGCAGUUGAAUGAUUGUUGGCCGGUGGUGUCGUGGGCGGUUGUGGAUUAUUAUUUGGUGAGGAAGCCGGUUUUUUAUGCUAUCAAGCGGGCGAUGGCGCCGUUGGCGGUGGCUGUGACGCGCAAGUUUCAUGAUUGGACGGCGAGGCCGGCGGACGAGCUCUGGCGGAGGAACACGGGGCAUGUUGACUCGCGCAAGAUGUUGACGGAUAUUGAGUUGGAUGUGUGGGUUGCGAGCUCGAAGCUGGAGGCUGCCAAGGGGAAGGUGGUGGUGCGGUUUGUGUCGGUUAGAACCGGGGAGGAGGUGAGGGAGAGGAUUGAGGAAGAGGUUGAAGUGCAGCCUAACGGGUGUACAGAGGUGUUGACUGGGUACAAGUUUGACUGGGCCAAGGCGACGGUGGCCGAACCUGAGCACUUUGUCAUCCAGGCAGCCUUGUGGGUGGACGGAACCCAGGUGAGCGGCGACACGUCCUGGCCCGACCCUAUCAAGUAUCUCGACUUUCCGGACAGGGGUGUCACGGUGAAGGAUCGUGGCCAGGGGCUCAUUGAAGUCUCCGCUGAGAAGCCGGUCAAGGGGUUGAGAAUGGAGGGGAUGAUGAGUUAG